AUGUCCCAGUGUAAUCUCUGCAACAAUUUGAGGAAGAAGAGCGAGGACGAUGUUCGGUUGGCCUUUGACUUCGUCCCGAGUGAGCUUAACAGGUCAGCAGAAGCAAAAUGCCCGGCUUGCAAUGUGAUUUUGGCUGGGAUUUUACAAUCCGAGGACGGAUGGACACUUGCUGGGGAUAUCACUCAUAUAUAUGUAUUCGCACUAGCCAAGAACGAAGACAGUCUAUCUUUGGAAUUGUAUUUCAGAGACGAUCGGCCGAAAGUUGUCCUUGAGUUUUAUCGCCGCGAAAGAAAUGAAUUGUUAAGCUCUGGAAAUGUCAAUUGGACGGCAAUCAAGCCCAAGUCUCCCCUUUCUGGCCAUCCUCUGUCACCAACAGGCAUGAAAUGGUUGGGCACUAGGCUUGAUGUCUGCAAGAAAAAACAUCUUUCAUGUCAAUAUCACGCAAAACCAAAUCUCCCAAAGCGAACGCUGUCCUUCCGUGUCUCUGAAAACGGGAAAGCGGACGUGAAAGUGGUCGAGAACAUCUCACAGCCAGGACGCUAUAUUGCAUUGAGUCACUGUUGGGGGUCAUCACCACUCUGCGCCCUAGACGGCAAAACAAUUUCACAAUUCGGGAUAUCAAUACCCUGGAGUCGGCUUCCAAAAACCUUCCAGGACGCAAUUCUUUUCAGCGCAAAGCUUGGUGUCAAUCAUAUUUGGAUUGAUGCCCUCUGUAUAGUGCAAGACAACCCUGACGACUGGGAGAGAGAGUCAGCCAAGAUGGCCGACAUAUAUCAGAACUCGUUCUUGACUCUCGCUGCCACCGCUUCGAGUAAUGGGAUGGGUGGCUGUUUUUCCGACGCGAAGACUGAUGCUCCAUCCGAGCACGAACUUACCGGGUUACAAUCUCACAUUGGUUUAGAUCGCAUCGUUGUUCGGACCAAGCUUCAACAUUGGACAUGGCCACCAUCUAAAGUUUCCAUGAAGCUCCAUCCCUUGCUACAAAGAGGAUGGGCAUUUCAGGAACGGAUACUUUCGCCCCGAGUCCUGCACUUCUGCAAGGACGAGCUAGUUUGGGAGUGCAGAGAGGAAAGCGUUUGUGAAUGUGGAAGUCUUCCUGCGCUCUCAGAAACGAAAAAGCAAUCGUAUCUACCUCGAAAUGAAACCGCCCUUCGACGGGCUUUCGGGCGGAAAACUUGGAGACGUGCUUUUGGCAAGAUCAAAAUCACGAUGUUUCGUCGCAACAAAAUUUCGCCAAAACAACGGGGGCUAUCGCGGAUAGCCGCUCUUCUUCCCCGAAAGCACCACUCCCACAACCGUAUCGUAUAUCAAGAAGAAGCGUCCAAUGUCACUAAUCCAGAGAAGCUAGAUGCCGCUGAAAACUGGCACAGAGUCAUUGAACAAUACUCAUCCUUGAGUCUCACAAAGCAGACUGAUCGCUUGCCCGCAUUGUCCGGUCUCGCCAUCCGCUCGUCUCCAGUCCUUGGGGAAUAUCUUGCCGGUCUUUGGAAACACAGUUUUAUAUCCGACCUGCUGUGGCGUAUCAACAAGUUAGAACAUGAUAUAGUUCGACCUACUGAGUAUAUUGCUCCUUCGUGGUCUUGGGCCUCAGUCGCUGGGCCUGUCAGCUUUUGGCCCGAGCCCGACACUCGACUCAUCGAGGGGACUUCGGGCGAGCGGUUUUGGUACCAGGCACGAUCUGCGCUUAUAAGAAGAGCAAACGCCUCCAGAUUCACCGCUAAUGUCAAAGCGAGCCGCUUGAAUCCAUACGGCAAGGUUUCUUCGGCAACUCUCUAUGUGCACGGAUAUAUUCAGCCCGCGAGACUCCAAUAUGUGUCUACCCGAGUUGGGGGCACAUGGGGCAACACCACAUCUCUAGUAGAGUCGGUACCACUCAAGUACGAAUUAGACUUCAUCUUCCCCGAAGAGGGUUACGGCCCUUCAAUCGAGCUGCCAUUCUUCGCCGACUACGUCCUGCAAGCGAAGGGUCCGCUUCGUAUUCCUCACAACGAUCAACUGCAUUUGCUGUUAAUACACCCUUACAUCUGCUUGGUUCUAAAAUCUCUGGAUGAAAACCUGAAGAUCUUUCGUAGGAUUGGGAUUAUACGCCAACCAGUGGCAUUGGUGUCUGAGUAUGGGUUCGACUGGAUGAAAAGCUCCGUUGAGAGUGAUAUUCAGAUUUUGUAG